AUGGUGUGGGACACCACUGCGAUCCGUGACGGUAGUGAAUCCACGGAGCUGGAGGCCGCCGCCGGCGGGCUGAGGUACCAAAUGUCCUGCAUGCCAGGCAUGCCCCACACCACGCGCCGGGAGCGGCCGGUGACCCCGUUCGGCCCCGGUCAGGGUGGAUACUGGGACCGUAGAGCAGGGUGGGAGCCUCACACCUACGCGCAGGGAGGGAGGCAGCUCUAG